UCUAUUUACAUCUGGUUUGUGGACCUCCUGAAAUAUCUUGCUUCUUGACCAGUUUAUUUAUUUAUUUAUUAGCUUUUUCUUCAAGCCUAAUUUUCCUUCAUUGCGUCAGUCAGGCGUUUUGAUUUUCCACCACAAGAUGGCGACAAAAUAACAAGGUAUUUUAGGAAUGUGACUAUUAAACAACUGAAUGCUAUAACCAAGAAACUUUUGUGUUUCAAACUGACCCCGAAAACGAAAAAAAUAAUGAAAUAAAAUAAGAUAAAAAUUCUGAAUAAUCAAAUAAUUGAGAGGCCACUUUGACGACCGUAUGAAUGCUUCGUUUGUUAAUGUGACUCUUUUUGUAAUGCAACUAAAACAUGUUGGUAAUUGUGCUUACUUUUUCGCAUCAAAAUAAUAAAAGAUACUCGGAAAAAAAAAUAAAAAUGGCACAGUUCUUUUGGCUGACCUGGGAGGUCAGUUUAAGAUGUUAAUUUCCAGGAUAUUACAUAUCAAAUGGGCGGAGAACUGAAGACGUUUCCUCUGAGCUUGGACGCUGACAAUGACAGAGUCCGUCCAACAGAGCAACAUGACACAUUCUGGCUAUUUUCUAUGGAUUUUCAUCUCCUCAUGUGGUAUAAUUGCCGGUAAUGUGAAGAAUCUGCCUCAUGUGAUAAAGUACCAAACAGCGACACCUCAGAGGUUGCAGGGCAUGCCUCUUCCAAACGAUGUUGCUGCUGCACACAAGAAAUACCCAGAUGUAGUUCAGUACUCUGUUAGUAUUGCUGGGAAAAACCACACUCUGCACCUGGAGAAGAACAAAGGUUUUAUUGGGAAAAGUUUUGCUGUGACCUACAAUUCUGAUCAGGGUACCCAAGUUUCAACUUCCUCCAACCAUGAGGUCCACUGCUACUACCACGGACAUGUUGUAGGAGUGGAGGACUCCUCUGCCAGCAUUGGGUUGUGCUCAGGAAUGAAAGGGUUCAUUGCUCUCCAAGACCAGAUUUACCUCAUUGAACCCCUGCCUGGUGAGACGACGGGACAGCAGGAUGGAGCUCACAGUGACGACGAUCUGCAUGCCGUUUACAACUACAAACACCUGAGGAGGAAGAGGAGCUCAUGUUCCCAUGGAAACACAACCACUUUCUAUGACCAUGGAGCUCGUCCGUCUGGACUAUUCCAGCUUGGCAGUCUGAAAAGCAGAGCCCAGACCAAAGACCAUAAAGGCAAACCAAGGACUGUGGAACUGGCAGUAGUGGUGGACAAUACAGAGUACAAGAAGUUUGGUAGCACGAAGGCAGUGGAGGCCAGAGUGCUUGAAGUAACAAACCAUGUGGACAAGUUGUAUCACUCCGUGGGUGUUCGGGUGAUGUUGGUCGGCCUGCAUGUGUGGUCAUACAAAGAUGAGAUCGAGGUCAGCACCAACCCCGAGGUCACUCUUGGUCGAUUUCUGGAGUGGCGUCAGCGGCACCUCCUGCCAAGGACCAAACACGACAACGCACAGUUCAUCACGGGUGUGGACUUUGAGGGCUCCACUGUCGGAUUAGCUAACACUAAUGCAAUGUGCACCUCGAACUCUGGAGCUGUCAAUGAGGAUCAUAACACCAAUUCAAUUGGAGUGGCCUCCACCAUAGCACAUGAGAUGGGUCACAAUCUAGGUUUGUCCCAUGAUACAGAGAACUGUGUCUGCGGCUCUCAGGUAUCCAAGAAAGGCUGCAUCAUGGCUGAAAGUGUUGGCCUUGUGUAUCCCAAGCAGUUCAGCAGCUGCAGUCAACAGCAGCUCAGCAGGUUCCUGGAGGAGAUCAAUCCUGCUUGUCUGCUUAAUAUUCCUUCCACCGAUCGCAUCUAUGGAGGCCCAGUAUGUGGAAAUGCCUUCUUAGAGCCUGGAGAGGAGUGUGACUGUGGCACUGUGGAGGAAUGCAAGAAUCCCUGCUGCAACGCAACAGCCUGCAAGCUGAAUGUAGGAGCUCAGUGUGCAGAAGGACAGUGCUGCCACAAAUGCCAACUGAAGCCGACAGGCAGCAUCUGCCGCCCAAAAGCUGGGGACUGUGACCUGGCAGAAUACUGCACGGGCCUUUCUGCUGCCUGUCCCACUGAUGCGUUCACCCAAAACGGCCAGCAGUGCAACCGUGGAAGAGGAUACUGCUACAACGGGCAGUGUCCAUCUCGGCAAGAUCACUGCAAGAGACUUUGGGGACCAGAUGCUGAAGUUGCCGUAGAUGCUUGCUUCUAUCAGUAUGGAACCUGCAGAAGGACACUGUUCAAUCAAAAAUGUUCCAGUCGAGAUCAAUCUUGUGGGAAGCUUUUCUGUUCUGGAGGAUGGGGCUUUCCCAUAACAUCCAGGAAGUCCCUUUACACAGUAGGAAACGGAAUAAAUUGCAAUGAGGCAACCAUGAACCCUGAAGACAACUACCCCUCCGAUCUGGGCAUGGUACCCACUGGUACCAAGUGUGGCAACAAUAUGGUAUGCUACAAUCAAAAAUGUGAAGAUAUCAAAAGCAUUAAAGCAUAUGGAAAAAAUGACUGCUCGUCCAAAUGUAACAACCAUGGGGUAUGCAACCAUGAGAGUAAAUGUCACUGCGAUCCAGGCUGGGCUCCGCCUUUCUGUGCUGUACAGCAGUCAGAGCUGACUGAAGAGUCAAGCCUGGCUAUUGUCAUUGUAUCAGUGAUCGUUGGCUUAAUUCUCCUGCUGGUCAUUCUUAUUGGGAGUCUGACGUGCUUCAUCAGAAAAAGGACACCGACAAAAAGGUUUCUUCCUGUGACCUCAGGACAAUCCAACCCAGUGUUUCAGUCAAGCACCAGGAGAGGCAGCUCUCGCCUCGGGUCCACUCACAUCAGCCAGCCUACAUUUGUGGAGUCGUCUGUUUCUCAGCCCUGUAAACCUCUGUUCUCCGCUGCUGUCAAACCACAGACUGGAGCUCUGAAGCCCUGUAGGGCAGCACCAGCGCCUCCAGAGAAGGAACCAGUUGCAUCUCAUUUAUCAAAGGUUCAUCAGGUUGCAAGGACAUUUAUGCAGCCACCAAAUGUUUCAAACUUGCCAAUUUAUUCUGAGAAUAAGCCCCUGCCACCUUCUAGACCACUACCCCCGCUUGCAUCAAAACCAAACAUGAAGCCAAAACCUCCAAUGCCUCCGCUGAAGCCGAAGCCCUCUCCAGUCCAGUCUGCCCUGCCACAUUCUCAGCUGCUUGGUAGGAGAGCUCCGUUGAUGCCCCCUAGCAGGCCGAGAUGACAGUGGGAAUAAUUCACACUGUUGUAAAUACUGACAUUCUCUGGCAGAGAUGCUGAGAUCCUCUUUGGAGACGUUCAUCUGUUUUACAUGUGGGAAAAAGACCCACAGGGAGAUCUGUAAUGAAACCAGGAAUGUUACAGUCACCCCGUUGAUGACCUGUUAUCUGCGUCCUGCUCAUGCCAGUCUUCAACUGGUGUACCCGGAGCAAUGUUUGACAAAACUUAUCUUAAGUGCUUAAUGGAUGACAAAUGGCGCUGCUGCUAUGAUGAUGACAGAUUUUGUAUUAUAGGGAAAUUAUUCACUCUGUUGGGUUUUUCCCAGCUUUUGUAAGUCGCCUGCACUAUCAAUGUCUUUGUUUACACAUACCUUGGAUGAGACUAGAUUUCCUAAGCAUGGUUGCACAUAUUCUGUUUUCAGAAGCUUGGAUAAGAUGUUAAUCUGCAUAGUUAGGUAACAAAAAAAUCUAAAUACUGUUGCAACUAUCUCUGGAGAUGGUUGCAUGUUUUUUUUUUUUUUAAAGAUAAAAAAAAAACAUGUAUGUACAGGGAAAUAAAUGAUCAGAUUCCUCAUGUUUCAUGUACAUGACUGCAUUUCUGGUACAUGAUCUAAACUGAGAGGAAAUGUUACAAAGGAUGUAAACACUCUCUGGAGUACUAAAUUGGUAGUUAUUUCUAAUUUGGUUCUGGUACUUUUAUAUUUUAUUUAAAUAAUAAUAUAAAUCACAGAGACACGCUGGCUAAAGAGAACAAUAAAACCUGUCAAAACUCCUCUGGAAGAUUUUACAUCAAGCAGAAGUUUACAUCAUUUUGUGUUUAAUUUUUACAUAUCUUUUUUCUUCUUUUUUUCUUUUUUAUGUUUUAUAUUUUUAAGGAAUGGUUUGAUUUGGCCCACUGUUAACCAAUUUAUUGGUCAUUUAUGUAAUUUUUUUGUACUUUUGAUUCUGUUUGUGGACUUUUAUGGUUGUUUUAUAUUUCAAAUGGUCACUUUAAUGUCUAUUUAUGUUUUUAUUACUGAGUGGUUGUCAUGUGGCUACCCAAUGAAUGCUAAGUGUUUUUUGUGCAUUGCUUUAAAUUGUUUUUCCCUUUUGUUUUAUUUUUACUUGUGUUUUAUAAUCUUCUUUUGAUAUUUCAUCCUGGUAUUUGUGUCUAUCAUGUGGGUUUUAUAUUACAGCAUCAGUAGCAGAGCUGUUAUAGCUCCACAAGCUGCUCUGUAAUGCACCAUUCAGCACUAUGAUAGGCUCUUUAUCCAUUGUGUAGCUUUUCAUUAUAAUUCCAGGUUCUUUUUAUUUAUUUUUAAUCAAAAUUAACAGAUGUAUCUUGCGUCAUGAUUGUAAUUCUUAAAUAUAUCUCGCAAAUAUCUGCAACCACAGUGAUGGAAAGAUUGUGCCUUCAUUUGUAUUCCGUUUAAAUAAAUCACUCAAACUAUU